AUGAAAUUCUUUUAAAAUUUUUCAUUUAUUUAUUUAAAGCUUUUUAUUUACAAAACAUAUGCAUGGGUAAUUUUUCAACAUUGAGCCUUGCAAAACCUGUUCCAAAUUUUCCCCUCCUUCCUUCCACCCCCUUCCCUAGAUGGUAGGUAGUCCAAUAUAUGUUAAAUAAUUUAAAGUAUAUGUUAAAUCCAAUAUAUGUAUACAUAUUUAUACAGUUAUCUUGCUGCACAAGAAAAAUCAGAUCAAGAAGGAAAAGAAGACUUGAGAAAGAAAACAAAAUGCAAGCAAACAACAGAAAGAAUGAAAAUGCUAUGUUGUAGUGGAUAGAGUACUAGCCCUGAAGUCAGGAGGACCUGAGGUCAAAUCUGACCUCAGAUACUUAACACUUCCUAGCUAGGUAAUCCUGGGCAAUUAACCCCAAUUGUCUCAGAAAAAAAAAUGCUAUGUUGUGGUCCACACUCAGUUCCCACAGUCCUCUCUCUGGGUAUAGAUGGCUCUCUUCAUCACUGAACAAUUGGAACUGGUUUGAAUCAUCUCAUUGUUUAAGAGAGCCACAAUCAUCACAUAGUCUUGUUGCUGUGUAUAAUGAUCUCCUGGUUCUGCUCAUUUCACUUAGCAUUAGUUCAUGUAAAUCUCUCCAGGCCUCUCUGAAAUCAUCCUGCUGGUCCUUUCUUACAGAACAAUAAUAUUCCAUAACAUUCAUAUACCAUCAUUUAUUCAGCCAUUCUCCAACUGAUGGGCAUCCACUCAGUUUCCGGUUUCUUGCCACAAACAUUUUUGCACAUGCAGGUCCCUUUCCCCUCUUUAAGAUCUCUUUGGAAUACAAACCCAGUAGUAACACUGCUGAGUCAGAGGGUGUGCACAGUUUGAUAACUUUUUGAGCAUAGUUCUAAACUGCUCUCCAGAAUGGUUGGAUCCAUUCACAAUUCCACCAACAAUGUAUCAGUGUUCCAGUUUUCUCACAUUCCCUGCAACAUUCAUCAUUAUUGUUGCCUGUCAUCUUAGCCAAUCUGAUAGAUGUGUAGUGGUAUCUCAGAGUUGUCUUAAUUUGCAUUUCUCUGAUCAAUAAUGAUUUGAAGCACCUUUUCAUAUGACUAGAAUGAGUUUCAAUUUCUUCAUCUGAAAAUUGUCUGUUCAUAUCCUUUGACCAUUUAUCAAUUGGUGAAUACUUGAAUUCUUAUAAAUUUGAGUCAAUUAUAUAUUUUAGAAAUGAGGCCUUUAUCAGAACCAACAAAUGCAAUUUAAGAUAUGGUUCCUUUUGUCAUUGAGCUUACACUACAGCAGGAGGUGGUAAGUCGCAAAACAUUAAUGUUGGGUUUAGAGAGUAACUCCAAAAACAUAGUAGACAUUGCAAGAUGUCUCAAAGGAAUUUGUAGGUUUAGAACAUUUUCAAAUUAAGAGGCAAAGAUUUUAUUACACUGCUGGCAGCUAAUUUCCAAAAAGAAGUGUUAGCCAUUAACAAGGGGAAAGAUGCCAAUGGGGAAGGAGGCAAGUUCUUUAUGAACUAGCUAUAACAAGGCAGGUAAAUGUUCCUCAGGAACUUGCUGCCAUAGGGUGAGUAGUUCCUAAUGAACCUGUAAAGAAGUGGGCUACAAGUAGAUACUUUCAUAGGAUAAAAAUAAUCUGGCGGUUGACAUCUAUAGCUCAGCCUUCUUAUUGAAUAUAAUAACUGUGGGAUCUUGAUAAUUUUUGUCAGUGCAAGGAAUUCAACAAAAACUCAAAGCAGUAAAGGCUCACUUAAGAAUAAUAAAUCCUGUCAAUGAGCUUUUCUGCUUGCCUCCUGGAGUAGCAUGGACAGUAAUUCUAGCCCUCUCUUCCAUUAAUUAAAUGCUCUUCCCUGUGACGUAACUGGGGUCUUUAUUCACCUCUAUCACUAAUCUACCACAUAAUAGAUUUAGUAUGAUAGUAUGAUAGGUAAAAAACCACUUUGAACAUUGAAGAAAAUAUUAUUCCUUUGGAGGAUUUCUCCUUUUCUUUUGUCAGACUACUUAACAGAGAGCUUGCUAUGUUCCCUACCAUAAGGAUGGGGGUGGCCUCAUCCGAUAGACAGCUUAAAUCUUAAAAACUGGUAAGACUGAGCCAUUCACUCUUUUCUGCCAUCUUUUUUUUUUUGUUGUUGUUGUUGUUGUUGAUUCCUAUCUUCUGGUCCAAUGUGGGUGCAAUGAACUGAGAGGGGAAGAACUUCCCUUUUUCUUGUCUUUCUUUUAUCCCAGUUUUGAGAAAAAGGUCUAGUACUGUUUCUGGUGUGUAUUGUUUGUUCCCAGUUUCAGUACUGGAGAGGAUCACCACUGAACAAGGAGUUUGGGCUAUGGUAAAAAUGAAGCAAGGAUUCCAUGCUAGGCUGCUGAAGCUCAGAUUACAGAGGAUUAUGACAACAGGAAGUUUGAAAAAUCAGAAAAACUACCAGAAGUCCAAAAACUGGACUAUAAGAGUCAGCUCUGAGGAUUGACCCACUUGGCCCAUCCCAGUAGUGGAAUCAACCAGGUAGCUAUGACACUGUGUCCUGCCAGCAAGAGAACAAAUGGUUAUUCCAUACCCAAAGAUGAAUCUGGAAGAAAAUCUGUGGAGGGAGAAAAGGAUUUUCAGAGCUGUUCUAAGCCUACCCUCCUAUCCCUGGGAGGUGGGGAUGUUUUGUAGGAAUUACUUCCGUGUCUAUUCUCCCCAGGGACAGAGUGUGAUCCCAGCUGUGAGUUUGUAUUUGGUCAUUGCUAUACUUUCACAGUAAAUAUCCCUUUAUAAAAGCUAAGUGAUGUUGAUUGAUAUUGGGAAGUUGUUUCUUUUCAUUCAGAAUUGGGCUGUGGAAGAUGGGGGCUCAUGACAAAUAGUAUCAGAGACUACUUCCCACCUCCUCAGGGUUACACUCCAAACUCCUCAGGUAGAGAUGUAAUAGCCAUGCUCUAAAGGAACCAAACAACUAUGAAUAUCGUGAUUUAAGUCUAUAGUGUAUAUCAUACCCGAUUUGGCAGAUGUUUAGUGACAGAAAAUUAACCACAACAUAAGGAGAGGUCUUUCAUGAGAGGAUCCUGCUGAUGUGCCAAGAAAAUGGAGAAGUCAAAGAACAGAUUUUAGAGCUGUGGUAAAAGAGAGGUUGUAACACACCUUAUUGGGUUGGCCAAACAGACUUAAAUUUUCUCUCCUGCCUUUUCUUGAUGAAAAGAAAGGAAAAAACCAAAGGAAAUGACAACAGAGUUCGUUGAAUCCAGCUCCCUGAUGUUACUGAUAUUGACUUAAAUGCCUACAUAGAUCAAAGCUUAUGCGUAUUUUUGACACUUUUUUUCACGCCAAAUUACCCUCUAUUACUUACGUUUCUUGAAACCAGAUUUCUUAUAUCCCCAAAUGCCUUGGACUUGGUAGGCGAUUCAUAGAUGCUGGAUGAUAGGUUUAUUGUCCCCAUUUUUCAUGAGGUCAUUUGAGAGGUUAAAACUCCAGAUUAGCUUUAGAAGAUUUAGGUGGGAUUCCCAUCUCUUUAGCCGCUAGGUACAAACAACAAACAGGUAAAAGGAAGAGACUACAAUUCACUUUUGCCCCAGGCCACUCUUCCCGAGGAGCCGGGAAAAAAAAGUUUCACGGACAGAAUGCUGAGUUGGUUUCCAUGGUAACCGUCGCUCACCUCCAGCGCCGCAUCUUUACUUGUUGGGUCGCAGCUGCGCAAGAGCAGUUCCUAUGAUCCGAGUAAAAGUUCCGAACGGGUCCUGGGGCCGGGGAAGGCAGAGGCAUUAGACUUAACGCGAAGGAGCAACCGAACAUAGAAAUCCUUCCCAAUUUCGCAUCGCUGGGUCUUUGUGGGAAAUGGGAAGAUGGGAACUGGAAGUAACUCAGCCGAAGGAUUCUGGGAAUUGUAGUUCGGGCAGAUAAGGGGGAGUGUGUGUGUGAAAGGGGGUCCUUAGAGCCAAAGGCAAUUCCGUUUCCGGUCUCACGUAGGUCCUUUUGUUAGUCUGGUCCGGCUCCCGCGUGGGAGGGUCUCUGGGCUACCUCUUCAAGAGCAAUGGAUAACAUUGACGGAUAACUUUAGUCGACAUUGUCCUGUCAUGGGCUACUUUCUUAAUCCUCCUGGUAGCUUUUAGUAACAACUAGGGAGACCAGUUUGGGGAUUCCACAAGGUUGACUAACUGCAGGAAAGAAAUGUGAACUUCAGGAGAAAAAAAAGCCUAACUGAAGAAAUUGCCUGAAACUACCAAAUCCCCACAUGGACAAAUUGGAAAUUUAAGAGUGAAAGUAGAAGAUAACCUUCACAAUCAUAAUUCCUCCUAGGAAGGAGACAUACCUGACUUCUAGAAACAGCAAGUUUGGCACUAGAGAAGGUUUUUUUUUUUUUUUUUUUUUUUUUUUUUUUUAAUUACAUCUAGGAGAUCAGGACUUGAAUGAAAUUAAGCCAAGGCAGCAAGAAAGGGUGACCAUGGAAAAAUUACCUCAAACUCUUGGAGAGAGAGCUUUGCCUUCUCAAGAUUUUGCCCUUUCCCAAAAGAAGAACUCAGGGGAGGAUAGAAUGACUGCUGUAGUCCUGACAACCAAGCCUCAGAAAUCAUUGACAUCGAAGGAAUUGGCUGUAAAAUUUACCCAGGAGGAGUGGGAACAACUGGACCCUGUUCAAAGAAACCUGUACAGAGAUGUAAUGUUGGAGAGGUAUAGAAACCUGGUCUUGCUGGGGCUUCCAAUUUCUAAGCCUGAUGUAAUCUCCCAAUUGGAACGAGGAAAGGAGCCAUGGAUACUGGAUAGAGAAGAUUCAAAAGAUACCCACCUAGAUUGGGAUAGACCUGAAACUGAAGAAUUAGUUUCAAAGCAGCAUAUUUCUGAAGAAGAAUCAUCACAUGGAGUGUUAAUGGAAAGACUCAAAAGGGAUUCUGUCUUGGAAAAAACCUGGCAAUGUGAAGGUCAGUUAGAGGAGCAACAGGGAAACUAUGAGAAACACUUAAGCCAAGAUACAGCUAUUCACAAGAAAACUACUGGGCAGAAAAACUAUCAGUGUACUGAGUUUGGGAGAAACUUUGGCCUAAGGUCUUUCAUUGUUACACCACAGAAAGUCUCUCCAAUAACAGAGAGACUACUUAAAUGUGAUACACUUGGAGAGAACUUAAAACAAAAUUCAGACAUGAUUAAAGACCCGAGACUUUGUGCAGGGAAGAAACCUUGGAAAUGUAAUGAGUGUGGGAAAGCCUUUAGUUACUGCUCAGCCUUUAUCCUCCAUCAGAGAAUUCAUACUGGAGAAAAACCCUAUAUAUGUAAUGAAUGUGGAAAAGGUUUCAGCCAGAGCAUACAUCUUACUCUUCAUCAGCGAAUUCAUACUGGAGAGAAACCCUAUGAAUGCAAUGAAUGUGGAAAAGCCUUCAGUCACCGAUCAGCCCUUAUUCGACAUCACAUAAUUCACACUGGAGAGAAACCCUAUGAAUGUAAUGAAUGUGGGAAAGCCUUUAAUCAAAGUUCAUACCUUACUCAACAUCAGAGGAUUCAUACUGGAGAGAAACCCUACGAAUGUAAUGAGUGUGGGAAAGCCUUCAGUCAAAGCACAUUUCUUACUCAACAUCAGGUAAUUCAUACUGGAGAAAAACCCUAUAAAUGUAAUGAAUGUGGGAAAGCCUUCAGUGAUCGCUCAGGACUCAUUCAGCAUCAGAGGACUCAUACUGGGGAGAAACCUUAUGAAUGUACUGAAUGUGGGAAAGCCUUUGGUUACUGCUCUGCUCUCACUCAACAUCAGAGGACUCAUACUGGAGAAAAACCUUAUAAAUGUAAUGACUGUGAGAAAGCUUUUAGUGACCGUUCAGCCCUUAUACGACAUCAAAGAACUCAUACUGGAGAGAAACCCUAUAAAUGCAAGGAAUGUGGGAAAGCCUUUAGUCAGAGUUCAUCUCUCACAAAACAUCAGAAAACUCAUACUGGAGAGAAACCUUAUAAGUGUAAUGAAUGUGAUAAAGCCUUCAGCCAGAGCUCUUCCCUCUCUCAACAUCGAAAAACUCACACUAGCAGUAAAGCCAGUAAAUAUGGAAAAGUCUUCAAUGAUCACUCAGCAUUUACUCAACAAAAGAGAAUUCAUACUGGAUAGAGAUUCCACAAAUGCAGUGAAUUCAGCAAAUGUUUGAGGGUUUACUAUGUGUCUAGCACUAUGUUUAAAAGUGCUGUGGAUACUGUAAGAUGCUGUUACAAAAAGACCAUUCACACCAAAAAAUUAUUAUGAUUGAUGUGUAGUACUAUAUGGGAUCCUGAUGUGGGUGUGUUGAAUAUAAAUGUGGAGUCUUGCGUAUUUUAAAAUGUUUUAGUAAAUGACAGUGAGGGACUUCUUUGGCAAAGUCAGGCUUGUCUCUAUACCAGUAAUGUGAUGUGAACUAUUGAAUCUCUGCGAAAGGGAGUGGGGUGACCUUCAAAGGAGUAAGUCUUUCUAAGCAAGGAAAUGGAAUACUUUAGAAAAACUGGAGGUGAAAGAAUGCAAGCUUUGGAGAAAGUGCUAUCCAGAAAACAUUAAAAGCAUUUAAAAGCAAAGGUAUGAGGAAAAAAAGCAAAAAGAGUAGGAGUGGAUAAAUUCAAGAAGUAUUUAUUGAUAUAGGGAGAUUUCAGGUGAAUACCUAUAACCAAAAUAAGGAUUGUCAAAGAAUUUUGUGCAGAGUAUCCAGAGCAUUGCUUAUAUUGGUGAGGCCUUUGGUUUCCACAAUAGUAAGUUUCACUUGGAAGCCAAAGUGUGCUAGACCAAUGGCCAGUCUAAAGGACCCUGCCCUGGCAAUUUAGGGAAAUUUUAAGAAUGCAACCUGGGCCUAUAAUUAAGAAUCAGGAUAGAUUAAUAAAAGAACUAUAACCCUAAAGCUUGGAGAUCAAUAGCAAGACUUGCAGAGUAGAAAGCAAGGGAAUGAAGAAUAAGGACUUUUUGAUAAUUUAAAUGCUUCCUAGAUGAGUAGCUUGAGAAUGUCUUUGUGAUUUACCUCAGCUGUACAGGGUUGUAUUGCAGAAUUUGAUGUAAUUUUUUGUGUGUUUGAACUUCUUAUGUGCUGGGCUACAGUGGAAAGGGAAAAAAAGUACUCUCAGAGAAAGGAAAAUAGAGAAAGACAAUUAACUAUAGGGUAGGACUUUUUCUUCUUCCUUUUAACCCCCCUGGAUGAUAGAAGAAAAAAUAAGGCCAUGGCGACAGAGGGCAUCAUCUCUAUAUGGUCAGGCUAUCCCAUUUUAUUAUACUCAAAGAGUUUGCAUUUUGGUUGGGGGAAUAACUUUUAUCCAUAACUGUCCUGAGCAUCAGAGAAUUCCUCUUGAAGAGAAAACUGUCUUAUAGUUGUAAUCAUAUCUUCAGAUCUUUGGCUGAGCAUGACUUCUCCAGGCAGAGCAAAAGGACCAACCUUAAAGGCUAGUCUACUGGGCCACUAAUAUUUACCAUGAUUAUAGUUAACUGCGGGUCCAAUACAGAAAUCACGCCAGGCAGUGUCAUAAUAACAGGUCUUUUCAUUCUUAACUAAUAUGCAGAGUGGAUGCCUUAUAUACCCCCAGAUCUUAUGUAUUGAUCCAGUGUACAGAGCAGAAAUUUUUACUAAGGGAAAUUAAAGGAAUAUGAAGUCCUAAAUAACAAUAUUUGUUUUCUUAAAAUUCUCUAAGGUUUAAAAAGCACUUUUAUAUACAUUUGAUCCUCACAAUAAUCUGAUGAGGUAGAUGCUCUUAAUCCCUUUUUAUAUGUGAUUAAGUUGAAGCUCAGAUAUUAAAUAACUUGCCCAUGUAAUAAAUGUCUGAAUUAGAAUUUAAACUUGGUCUUUCUGGUCCACAUCUAGUGUUCUGUUCCUGUGCCAAACUGCUUCUAAGAUAAUAUCCAGUUAUAAAGUAGGAAGUGUGAAAUGGUAUCUUGAGAGUGGGAUAUGGUUAAAGAAAAGUUUGAAAUGAAGUAAACAAUAGUAAUAAUACAGUAAUAGAGGUAAUUGCCUCUAGUUUGAUUCAAGCCCAAUCCUAAGAAAACAAAUUACUAUCGUGGAGAAAACAACAAUAUAUAUAUAUAUUUCUCCACGAUAAACAACUAUAUAUAUAUGUAUAUAUAUAUAUGAAAACUUACUAUAUCAGUAGGUUUAGGUAGUGCACUGGUGCCCGCAGAGGAGGAGAGCGGGUGCCGGUACGUAUGUAGAGCGGUUGCCAGCAUUAGUAUACAGUCCAGUUACCGACUGUGAUACUACAGGAACAGCCGCAUCACCGUAGCAACCGCCAGCCCUGUAGUAUCACAGUCGGCAUUCACGCUGUAUACGACACAGCAGGGGGGCAUUCAAAGGGAUAUUUACACAUGUUUUAUCUAGUGACUCGAGUAUAAACCGAGGAGGGGAUUUUCUGCCCAAUAACUCGGCUUAUACUCGAGUAUAUACGGUAUAUAUUUUUAAUCUGCUAUAUUUAAAACAAUGUGAAAAGUUUGGUAAUAGUUGGAAGGGUUUUUAAAGAUCAUUGAGUCCUAUUUUUUUAUAUUGUGAAAACAAUAGUUGAAACUUUUACAGGUGUUUAUGGUUCUCAAAAUGUUUUACAGAUUCUCUCAUUGGAUCUUUAAAAUAUUUCACAAGUGAGGAAAGAGGCUUAGAGAAGAAGGUUAAGCCUACCAAAGUUCUGAAGCUUUAAAUUAGAUUUAAAUAAGCCAGCAAGAUUAACUGGAUUAAAAGCUAAUGGUUUUCUAAAUUCAGGGUUUAGAAAAUAAACCAUCAAUAUUUGGUUAUUGGCUGAUAACCUCCAGGUUGCAGAAGAGAAGUGGCAGAAAGGAAGGAGCGAGCCUGCCUUUAAAACAACUAUUCACAAAAAGGAAAACGUGGAAGUUGUGCAGUAGUUAAAAUGAAAUUUUUCUUCUGUUUGAAGACCUCUACUUCCCGAUUAGGACAGAAAUAUAAGUAGGGAACUCAGAUUCUGGAAAAGUGCCAGCUUCUCUCUUUAUUAAUUUAAGAAUGGACACAUGGUUUAUAAAGGCCCCAAGAAAUUUUGCAUGUCCCAAUGUGGCAUAAAAUAACAUCAAUUCAUUAAGACUAAGUACUAGGAACAAACUUUGGCUUGUAGAUCAGAGAUAAGGUCUGGAACUUGGUAGGGCUACAAACUCAGGGGAUUUAUAACCUAAAAAACUAUCAAAAUUUAAUUCUAAAUUUGAGUAAAACAAAUUAGAGGUAGGACAAGUGGAGAUGAAAUCCCAGAUGCAUAUAGAGUUAGGUUUGGUGAUCUAUUCUUUUAUAAUUAUUUCUUAAAAUCCUUCAUAAAAAAGUGAUUGUAAUUGCCCGUCACAUUAUUAUAUGUACUUGGGUAAACAAUGUUUAAAAAAAAUUGGAGUGGAUAUCACAACCAAAAUGAACAGGGCACCAUCUAGUGGCAAUCUUCAUGGAAUCUGAGGGAAUGUUUCCAAGUAGAUAGAAAAAUGAGAAGCACAUGCUAUUCUGACACAGGCUGGUCUGUGCCCUACUUGAGAAAAAGGUAUUUUGACUAUAUAUACUUCAGGGCAUUUUAUAGACCUGAGAUGAAAGCUAGCCAAAAAUUGGAAACUUUCUCAAAGGGUAGGAAAUGUCAGUUGUUUUUGUCCCCAUAGAAAAUGAUGAAAAAUGUAAAUUACAAUAAAUUUGAAUUCCUUUCUGUUGGGAAAGAUCUUCUGGGUCUUUUAUCUAGUGCAGGACAUAGAAAGGACUUUGGUUUAAAUCUUGACUUUUGUUUUAUCUACCUUAAGACUUUGUGCAAGUUAUUCUGAUAAUUUAAGUGAAAUGGAUAUUUAUGCAAAUAUAAAUUGUCCAGAUUAACACAAGAUAUAUACUAUUUAAAUGACUCUCUUUUGAAAAAAAAAUUUAAAAAGUCAUCAAUAAACUAAGAAAAAGUCCCUAGUACCAGAUGGGUCCAUGAAUGAAUUCUCCCAAACAUUUAAAGAAAUUAAUUUCAGUACUAUAUAAAUUAUUUGGAAAUACAGGCAAAGAAGUUAUAUCAUAGUUCUUUUUCAUCUUUUUUUCCCACCUGAGGUAAUCGGGGGUUAAAUGACUUAUCCAGGGUCACUCAGCUAGGAACUGUUAAAGUGUCUGAGACCAGAUUUGAACUCAGAUCCUCCUGACUUCAGGGCUGGUGCUCUAUCCACGGUGCCACCAGUUGCCCCCAUAUUUCUUUUUAUGAUACAUAUACUUAAGCCAUGAAGAACAAAAAUGGAGAAGGAAAACUAUAGACCAAUUACCCUAGUAAAUGAUGUUUCAAAUUUUUAAAAUAAAAUAUCACCAAGGAGAUUACAGCAAUAUAUCACAAAGAUCAUAUACUACAACUAGGUGGGAUUAAUACAAGGAAUGCAGGGCUGGUUCAAUAUUAGGAAAAUUAUCUGCACACUUGACCAUUUCAGUAACAAAACCAGCAAAAAUGAUUAUAUCAGUACAGAAAAGGCUUUUGUCAAAAUACAGCACUUAGUUCUAUUAAAACAUUAGAAAGUUUGGGAAUCAAUCAAACCUUUCUAAAAAUAGUAAUAUCUAUCUAAAACCAAGACCAAACAUCUAUCCUGGGACUAAGAGUCUUUCCCAGUAAGAUCAGGGGUGAGCAAAGGAUGUCCAUUAUCACCACUUUUAUUCAAUAGUAUACUAGAAAUACUAGCUGUAGCAAUGAGAGAAGGGGAAAAACGAAGGAAUUAGAAUAAGCAAUGAGAAAACAACUUUCUUUGCAGAUGAUAUGAUAUACUUAGAGAAUCCUUAGGGAUUCAACUAAAAAACAAAUUGAAACAGUGAACAACUUCAACAGUUAUAAGAUAAAAUAAAUCCACAUUAAUCAUUAGCAUUUCUAUACCAAUAAAACUUAGCAGGAAGAGAUAAUUUCCAUUUAAAGUAACUUGUAGACAAUUUAAAAUACUUGGGAGUCUACCUGCUAAGAUAAAUGCAGGAACUAUAAACACAGUUUUUUACACUUUAUACAUUUUGCUUUUCAUACUAUAUAAAGAUAUAACUUGGAAAAAUAUUACUUGUUCAUGGAUAGGCCAAAAUGGAUAUGUGAUUUACGUAUCAAUGUUUGAUAUUACAAGCAAAUUAAUGGAGCAUGAAAUAUGUUACCUGUCUGAUCUAUGGAUAGGGGAAGAAGUCUGAUUACAUGAAAUUUUAAGUUUUGCAUAAACAAAACCAAUGUAGCCAAGAUUGGGAAGCAGGAAACUGGGAAAAAUUUUUUUGUAGUAAGUUUUUCUGAUAAAGAUAUUAUUUCUCAACUACAUAGGGAAUUGGGCUAAAUUUACAAAAAUACGAAUUAUUUUUCAAUGAAUGGUCAAAGACAUUUUUCUGAAGAAAUCAAAGUUGUCUGUAGUCAUAUGAAAAUUGCUCUAAAUCGUUAAUAUUUAGAGAAAUGCAAAUUCAAAAAACUGGGUUACUACCUCACACCUCUCAGAUUGAUUAGCAUGACAAAAAAGGAAAAUGACAUGUUGGGAAGAGUAUGGAAGAUUUGGAGCACUAAUUCAUUACUGUUGGUAGAAUUAUGAAGUGAUUUAACCAUUUUGGAGAACAGUUUGGAAUUGUGCCCAUGGGGCUGUAAAACUGCAUAUCCUUUGACCUAGAAAUACUACUACUGGGUUUGUAUUCUAAAAAGAUCAAGAAAAAGGAAAAGAGCUAUAUACAAAAAUAUUGAUAGCAGGUUUUUUAGUGGUAGCAAAAAUGGAGAUUGAGGGGAUGCUCAUACUUUAGGAAAAGACUGAACAAAUUGUGAUAUAUGGUUGGGAUACUGUUGUGGCAUAAAUGACAAGCAGAAUGGUUUCAUGAAAAUCUGGGAAGACUUGUAUGAACUGAUACAAAGAGAAGUUACAGAACCAAGAAAACCAUUGUACCAGCAAUAGUGUUACUGUUCAAUAAUCGACUGUGAAUGACUUAGCUAUUUGGAGCAGUGUACAAGCCUGGAGAACUUUCUGCUAUCUCUGUGACUGCCUUGACAGUGUUCAUCUCUACAUUAUAAGUGGGAUCAGGUAAGAACUAAAGUAAAUACAUAAUGGAUUCCUUCAUGGGUCCCUGGAGGCUGGGAAUGAGAUUAUAUGAAUACUCUUAGAGAUAGCCAGGGAUAGCCUUUUUGGAGGGAAAAGGAUAUAGUCCACAAAGUUGAAAUGGACCUGCAUUGUCUAUUCCUGAAGAAAGAAGGUUUUCCUAUGCCACACAGAUUUAAUGUUCUUUUACAAAUAUGAAGCUGAAUAGGUUAAUAAUGGGCUUUUAUUUCUGACAAGGGCUAAAUCCAUCCAUCCAUAUUUAGCUGACCUAUUCCUGGUAACUUUGAGGACUUCUGCUGCUUUAUUGGCUUUGAGACCUUUGAACUAUCUAACUACUUUGAACUUCAGUUUCCUGAGGGUCUGGUGGGUGAAUUUUAAGGUCUUUUUUUAGUUCUAAAUAUUGUGAAAUUUUAAGAUGAUCUUUGGUCUCAACUUCGGAUUAGUCAAAUUCAUCUGUGAAAAGUGGGCAGCUUUGCUAGUUCAAAGAAUAAGAAUUCAGGGGAGAAAGAUGUCAUUUUUAGCUCAAAAUUCUCUUCCUUCUCUUUAGGUGAAUUUAUCAAUAUAAAGAUCAAAAGAUAUAGCAAAGCGAUGUUUGUUCUGUAGCCAUUUGACUCCCAGUAUUAUGUCCUAAUUAUUUGUGGGAGUUGGGGGUGGAAAAAGGGGAGAAAAUGUGUCAUUCAACCAAUAUUUAGCUGGUCGGGCCCUACCUUGAACCUAAUGUUCAGAAUAAAUAAGCUACUUGUAUACUAAGUUUACUAAUGCACCAAACAUGAGUUAGGAAACCUCCAUACACCUAUGACCAAAGAUCAGAAGCCAAGCCAACAAGUAUUCAUGAAACUGUACUAGAACAUCCUGUAGUAAGUGGUGAGCAUACAAAUACAGACAAAAAGAAAGAGUUUGUCCCCAAGACCUUAAAUUCUAAUAGGGAAGGCAAAGGGAGCUGAAAAGUGAAGAUUGGAUGGUUGGGAGGGAGAAGGUACCUGCUUAGGUACAUGGAGAAAUCUGGAGCGUCAGGGGUGGAGUGAGCACGAAGCUGGUCUGGAUGCAUCUUUAGAAAGGAGAGCCCUGAUCAGAGGAUGAAGUUGCAGGAUGGAGGUUUUUUCAGGGUGAAAAGAUCUCAGGAGAAGAGGCACUUUCUAGGGUAAAAAGGCUGCUGGGGAAUGGAGAAACUGUAAGAAUCAGAGCAGAGCCAGAAGAGGAGGGAAGGAGUGAGUCAUCAGAAGCCAGAUAAGAAUGCAAACAGAUGGCACAAUACUUGUGGUACCCAAUGACUAUAUCUCUGGAUUCAUCGAUUACUAAGACUGUUUCUGAUGAUAUUUUCCCACAACCUUUCCUUUUGGAGAAGAAGCCAAAUAUGACCAGCCUAUCUCUGAAAGGCUGCAGGGAGGGGGUCUGUCUCUUGAUGCUUCCUGAGUAGUGUCGUAAUGGGCUGCCCCAGAGUAAGAGAAGGAAUGGUGGAACUAAUGUUCUUUCCCUUUAUCCAAAUGGCCCUGGAGGUGUAGAUAAUUCAUGAAGCAUGGCAUGGUGCUAAGACUAAGAAUGGGAUGCCCCAAAAUGUAGCCCUCCAUUAUCCCCUACAUGUGGGAGGCCCUGUGAGGUCUUGGACGAACUAGAAACUCUGGCUCCUGAGGCAAGUUCAAUGUAGUUGUGUGUGUUGGGACAGGGGCGGGGGGGGGGAGAAGCAUAUGGUCACUCCUGUGCAUGACUGAUGGGUGAGACAAGACAUCAUGAAUGUUGGGGAACUGGGGAGCCACAAUAAUUAAAGGGAUCAAUGGGGGAGUGGAGAAGACUGAAUCAGGCAUGGAACUUACUGGGGAUGAUGGAAGCUGAACUGCAGAUACCUAGACAACUGAAACUUAACUCCUUUCCAAAGAUGUUCCGUCUCCUGGAAUCCUCUCUGAGGUUAACUGCUCCUCAGCAAUCGCUGGCUCACGGGCCCAGAAGCUGGUCCUCCUCUCGCCACCCUGCUGCCACCUUUAGACUUUUCGCCUGACUGUCUCUUGUGGGAAGGGCCAGCGGGGAUGGCAGCACCUGGUAAGGAGGAACAGCUGCUUUUGGUGGCAAGGUGAGCGAGGCAGAGAAAGGGUGAGUGAGCGAGCAGGCAGGUCAGGCUGUGGUGUUUUGCUGGUUAGGUAAGGAAGCCCUUCUCCCACAUAUUCUGGUGCCGGAGAUGAAGGCACCCUGGCUAGCUCUAAUUGUGAGCCUAUGGGUAGGGUACCCCAGCUGUACAAUUAGAGGAAAAGCUGCCGUAGGGGAUUCCCUGCAAGGAUGCUGGUUUUUCUUGACCUUAAUCUCCGCCUUUUCUAGGGCCUCAGAGGGAGGUGAACUCCAACAGUGCCCUUCUAGAAAGGAGAAUUUGAGCUAGAAGUAAGUGGUAUCAAAUGUGGGUGGGAAAUAGAGGCCGGGCUGAAGCUGAGGGAGCAGGAGUAAUCGGCUAGACCAACUUGUCUUGGAAAAAAUUAAGGGCAUGACUACCCCUUCCUAGACAGAGAACAGAGGGUGACUGCUAAAUGUCUCCUCUUAGUUACUUUUCUUAUAUUACCUUGGGUCCAUAAUGAGGUUACACAGACUGAUCAUUACAUUAUAUGUGUAAAAUAAACCUUAAUGUGAAAAGUGAGAUGAUGAUCGAUGGUUAUCUGAGAUACUUCAGUUUGUUGCAUGCCCACUCAUGGUGGGGAGGAUGGCACCAUUAUUUUUAAUGUAAUUCUUUUCUAUUUCAAAAGGUUUAAAAAUAAAGCCACAUGAAAUUGCAUGAAUAAGAGGUGUUGACAAUAUAUACAAACAUAUACAUCCUUGCGCCAUAUGUGGCACAUAUGGAGUUGCGGCUUGGUGGAGGGAAUGAAUAUUGGAUUUGGGACCAUGAAAUCUGGAUUCAUUCUUCAUUUAUUGUCAUUGGCUCAUUUCAGUUAUAACCAACUCUUUGUGACCCCAUGGACCAUAGCAUGCUCAGGUCCUUCUGUCCUCCACUAUCUUUCUAAGUCUGUUCAAGUUCACGUUCACUGUUUUCAUGACAUUAUCUCUGCCAUUCCCUCUUCCUUUUGUCUUCCAUCUUUCCCAACAUCAGGGUCUGUCUAGACUAGAUUCUAAUCCAUAUGGAAUACAGUGAGAGUAAUGGAAAGAUACUUCCCCUGAUUUCAGAGCAUUCGUAGGUAUCUUCUAACUUUUCCCUGUCAGAUCUUCUGCUUGGUCAGAAUAGAGUGUGAAUGCAAAUGAUUCAAGCAAACUCCCUCUCUUCCCUAAUGGUUUUUGAAGAGGAAAAUUGUUGUAAGUCUAUGGGCUGGGGGAAGAGCAUCCCCUUCAGAUGCUUUGCCUUCACACCCAACUUCAUGUGUCCAUGAAAACCUCUGGUGUUUUUGUUCCUGAUAACUUUCUUCUUCUCUGAAUUUAGGAGAAUGAAUGCCUUAAGGUAAAAGCACUGAGAGUGGGGGAUCCAUCAAGGGGAGCACCCAGGCAACUUGCAAGAUUAUAAGAUCUACUGAAGCCAUCUGAUAUCCUACAGAUUUUGUGAAUAUAUACAACAAUCCUGGGGAACAAUAGACUUGACCCGCAAGGAACCAGGCUAAAUCUGGUUGGAUCUCCUCAAAGAGAGAAAGGGACUCCCAAAGCAACCCCCACCCUCUUUAUGGAAUAGUGGAUUUAUUUUGUAUUUUGUCAUCACAUUUUGAGUUUGUUUUUCAUAGGGACUGAAUGAGUGUGUAGAGGGGAGAGUAUGACUCCCACUUCAAGAGAAUGUUCUACUUUGGCUCUCUCUUUACCUUCACAGUCUAUCCCUUUGUAAAAGCCAAUUAAUGUUACUUGCUUAAUUGGCCUUGGAAAGAUGUUAACUGGCCAGAAGUCAGAGCUUAUAUUUGUUUUCCUAUGAUAGUGAGAAGUUGUCCUGCAUGGCUCAUCAGUGAUGGUAACUUCUCAGUUAUCUCCAGAGCCCUUGGGAGAAAUAGUCCCAGCCUUCUGGGGCAUGGCAUGCAAGUCUGAAGGGAAGUUGAGAUAAUUAGCCCAGAACUUGUUAUACACAGGAAAAUCUUUUACCCUCCUCCCUUGCCCAAAUUCUAUGCUGAGUCCUAAUUUAAUGUUUUAAUCAAACGUUAUUCGUUAAUGGUCAGUUGAAUGAUUGGGUUGCUUUUUUAAAACUGAUUUUGAUCAGCAAAUUCUGGUGAAAAGUUUGGAUGGGAUGGAAAAAUUGAAUAUUUUGUAUGAAUAGAAGUUCUUUUUAAACAUUUUAUUUUUUAAAUUACAUGUGAAACAAAUUUUAAUAUUCUUUAAAAAAAUUUUAAGUUCCAAAUUCUACCCUUUUCUUCCUCUGCUCCUUCCCAGAAACAGUAAGCAAUCUGAUACAGAUUAUACAUGUGCAAUCAUGUAAAACAUAUUUCUAUGUUAAUCAUUUUGUGGAAGAAAACUCAAAGUAUAAAAAAAGGAAAGCAAGCAAGCACAAAAUAGCAUGCUUUGGUCUGUAUUCAUUUGCCAUCAAAUCUUUCUCUGGAGAUGAAUAGCAUUUUUUUUUUUAUCAUGAGUCCUUUGGGGAUUGCCUUGGAAUAUUGCGUUGUUGAGAAUAGCUAAUCAUUCACAGUUGGUCAUCAUACAAUAUUGCUGUUACUGUGUUUAGUGUUCUCCUUGUUCUACUUACUUUACUCUGCAUCAGUUUAUGUAAGUCUGGAGAGAAGUUCUUAUAAUCAUAUAUACAGAUGACUUGCAACUGAAACUCUGAGGCUUAACCUCUGUUUGUCUCAGCUUCCUCUUCUGAAAAAUGGAGAUGAUAAUAGUAUCUGCGAGCAGAACCAGGAGAUUAUUGUACAUGACCAACAUCAAUAUUAUGCGACAAUCAAUUCUGAUGAACGUGACUCUUUCCAACAAUGAGAUGACUGAGGCCAGUUCCAAUGAUCUUGUGAUGAAGAGAGCCAUCUACACCCAGAGAGAGGACUGUGGGAACUGAGUAUAGAUUACAACAUAACAUUCUCACUCUUCUUGUUGUUUGCUUGCAUUUGCUUUCUUAUUUAUUUACUUCUUUUUUGGAUCUGAUUUCUCUUGUGCAGCAAGAGAAUUGUAUAAAUAUGUUUAUACACAUUGGAUUUAACAUAUAUUUUUACUUGUUUAACAUAUAUUGAAUUGCUUGCCAUCUGGGGAGGAGGUGGGGGGAAGGAAGAGAAAUCUGAAACACAAGGCUAUGCAAGGAUCAAUGUUGUCAAAUUAUUCAUGCAUAUGUUUUGAAAAUAAAAAGCUUUAUUUUUUAAAAAAAGAUAA